AUGAGCCCAGAAGAGAAAACAAUUUUCCAAGAAUAUUUGACAAAGCAGGGGACUGUAGUAAAACCCUAUUACUGGCAGACACCGAACCCAAACUGUGCUAAGUGUCCCUAUCACAUACGGACAGGUAAAGAAGCUAGAGUCCCUUAUGCAGAAUUUCACAGGGCCUUUGAAUUCCCGUACAGGUCAACAGUUCUCCAAAACAAACACCUUCUGUUCUAUGAAUUGAGGCUUUUCUCUGGCACAGUAGUCCAAAAAGGCCAUGCUACCAACUGUACUGACCAAGACAACCAUCCUGAAUCUAUGUUAUUUGAGGCAGGCGGUUAUCUGGACUCAGUUACUUAUACUUACGAAAGCAUUGGCCACAUAAUCCUCUAUUCAAACUACUCUCCUUGUAAUGAGGCUGACCACUGCUGCAUAAGUAAAAUCUACAACUUCCUGAUAAAGCAUCCAGAAGUCACCCUCUGCAUCUAUUUCUCUCAGCUUUAUCACACUGAGGACAGCUUCCCCACAGCUAUGUGGAACCGUGAAGCUUUACGAAGCCUUUCCAGCUUAUGGCCUCACGUGACUCUAUACCCACUGUCUGGGGGAAUACGGCAUUACCUCCUCUGCAAUUUUGUGUAUGGCAUCCCAAGGUCGACCCUUUAUCAUCCAGCUUUGCCAUCAAGAACCUUACAAGAUCAACCAAGUCCACAUCAAAUUAACAACUUAAUAGGAAUGAAACCGCGUUUUAAGAAAACAUUUCCACAAGCAAUGCAGGGAAAGCCUGCUCUGCAGCAAAACGUAAAGAUCUUUUCUUCUUCCUCUAACCUGGCCUCCCAACAGCCUUUACAACUGAUAAAAAGCAGUCUGCCCUCUCUGAUGUCUCAAAGCCACUUGGUGCUUUUCCCAGGCACGUUUCUGCCCUUUCAGCAGGCACAUCUAUACUCCAAACCUGAAAAUAUUGUAAGACAUUUAAAAAUGCCAAAGCAAUUACCCAAUGAAACUCCUAAUAUUUCCAAAAGGUAGACACC